ACAAGAAGUAGUUUGCUCAUUGAAGAUAUUAGUUAAUAAAUUUAGUUGUUUCCUAAAAUAAAUUAAUAAAAUAUGAGCUUAAUAAACACUUUAAAUUUGUCCCUGCGUUUAGUGAACCAAAAAUGUUUGCAGUCCUCCUUGAUUGUGCGCUGCUUUGCGGUUGCUCCCACUCCAAAGAAACUCAAGAAAUUGGGAAAAUUGGGCCCAAUAAUGGAGAAGAAAGAAAUUCCAGUAGAAACGGAUGCCAAUAAAUUGGUUAAUUUUGUUUGCGGUAGCAAUAUAAUGAAAACUGGUGAACCCAUUAAGCUUAAACCCGAUUCUGAGUAUCCCGAUUGGUUGUGGACUUUAAAUGUUGAUCGUAUUAUACCUCUAGAAGAAAUGGAUAAAAAUACAAAACAAUAUUGGAGACGUUUAAGGAAAAUGGCACUAAGACGCAAUAAUCAAUUGGCUAAACUUAAGAAAUUUUAAAUAAUAUAUAGUACAAUAUUUUAUUUAAUUUUUAAAAUGUGGUUAUAAUAAAUAUAAUUUGUUAAAUAAUAAAGUUGAAAAAUGUA